AUGGCUCAAAUCGGACAUGCGCGUCGUGGAAAAGCCAAAAGUUGGUCUGAUCAGAUCCUCAUAUAUUGGACUGAGACUUGUCUCUUCUUCACAUCGAUACAUCAUCUCAUAACAUACAUGCAUACCCUGGGUAUCCUCAAUGAUGACUUCAAUCUUACAUGGAUCUCCAAUGGUUAUGAUCAAAGAGGGUAUGGCAUUGAGUACCGGCAAUUGCUGUCACGAGCGGGUUGA